AUGGUGCGCCCGAGGGGUCUCUCCAACUCCUCCUCCGUCUCCUCAGUUCCCGACCAGGACCAGGAACUGGGGAGCAUGUAUGAUUACCUCGCCAAGGUGAUCUUACUUGGUCCUAGCGGGGCUGGAAACAUGCCGGAACAAGAAGACCUGCACAAACGGAUCUCGGGGACAUGUGCUAACCAUCCGUACUACUCUAUCAUCAGGUCCUGCGUGCUACACCGUUUCGUGAAGAAUGAAUGGCGAGUUCUCUCCUCGCAGACUAUCGGCGUCGAAUUCUCCUCUCGCAUCGUCAAGCUCGGCACAGGCUCUCGGCGCCGGCGCAUCAAGCUGCAGCUCUGGGAUACAGCCGGUACCGAGCGCUUCCGAUCUGUCUCUCGUUCCUACUACCGCGGCGCCGCUGGCGCCAUCCUCGUCUACGAUGUCUCCUCCUCCGCUUCUUUCGCUGCGCUCCCGACAUUUCUGAUGGAUGCGCGCGCACUCGCUUCGCCGAACUUGACUGUCUUGCUGGCAGGAAAUAAAGCGGAUUUGGCAGAUUCGACAGCUUCGUCUGAUUACCACGAUGAUGCACACCGACCCCCACCAACCCCCUCGAGUACCUCGAGUAAACAAUCGUCUCUUCCAUUCGAUGCGAUGGGCUCUGUGCGCUCCACGACAUACUUGGGCCCCGGGACGAGAAUGACUGCCUCGCUUGCCGAGGGUCGCGAGGUUAGUAAGGAGGAUACCGCGCGCUGGGCCGCGCAGUCGAAUAUUCCCGUUGCGGUUGAGAUAUCCGCUCUGACGGGCGAGGGCGUGGAAGAAGUCUUUCAGCGGCUAGCCCGUAUUAUCCUGACCAAGAUCGAGCUUGGAGAGAUCGACCCGGAUGACCCGCAGAGCGGGAUUCAAUAUGGAGAUGGGGCCAUGUAUGGCCACGGUGCUAGCGAUGCCUCGAGUAUCCGGAGCCGAGCCACGCUGGAUGAGAAUGCGUUAUCACUGCACCGGCCCUCGAGGCGAAAAGGCAGGCCGGGAUCUGGUUGGAAAGGUGGGAUGAGAGAGUGGGAGGAUGUAUUCCGGCUAGGCGGAUCGUCAUCGCGGAGGAAUCGGACUUGUUGUUGA